GCGCUCGUCCGGGAGGCCGGAGCCGAGCGGCGCAUCCGGGCGGGGAGAGGAGGAGGACCACGAGUUCCUCGAAAGGGAUCAACUCACGAAGCGCCCGGGAGGAAGGGCAGCGGACGCGCGGCCGACAGGGGUGGUGGCGCCCGGACCCCGCGCCGCGCCGGUCCCCGCGCCCCGGCCCCCACGGCCCGCGGCAUGGCCGGGGGCUCACCGUUGCGGUUGCUGUGCGUCCUGGCCGUCUGGGCGGCCGCCGCGCUCCUACUCUGCGUGUCGGGGACCUCAGGGCAAGCAGAGGUUCCGGACCCCAACGACGCUUUGGGACAACUGGACGGACACGACAGCCCCAUCCCAACCCUGAAAGGAUACUUUCUGAAUUUUCUGGAGCCAGUUAACAAUAUCACCAUAGUCCAAGGCCAGACAGCGAUUCUACACUGCAAAGUGGCCGGAAACCCUCCGCCCAGUGUGCGGUGGCUGAAGAAUGAUGCCCCGGUCGUGCAGGAGCCCCGGCGAGUCAUCAUCCGCAAGACUGAAUACGGUUCUCGGCUGCGGAUCCAGGACCUGGACACGACUGACACCGGCUAUUACCAGUGUGUGGCCACCAACGGGGUGAAGACCAUCACCGCCACCGGCGUCCUAUUUGUGCGGCUCGGUCCAACACACAGCCCAAAUCAUAACUUUCAAGAUGACUACCAUGAGGAUGGAUUCUGCCAGCCUUACCGGGGAAUCGCCUGUGCGCGCUUCAUUGGGAACCGGACCAUUUACGUGGACUCUCUGCAGAUGCAGGGGGAGAUUGAGAACCGAAUCACAGCCGCCUUCACGAUGAUCGGCACGUCCACGCACCUGUCGGACCAGUGCUCGCAGUUCGCCAUCCCGUCCUUCUGCCACUUCGUGUUCCCGCUGUGCGACGCGCGCUCCCGAGCGCCCAAGCCGCGCGAGCUGUGCCGGGACGAGUGCGAGGUGCUGGAAAGCGACCUGUGCCGCCAGGAGUACACGAUCGCGCGGUCCAACCCGCUCAUCCUCAUGCGGCUGCAGCUGCCCAAGUGCGAGGCGCUGCCCAUGCCCGAGAGCCCGGACGCCGCCAACUGCAUGCGCAUCGGCAUCCCUGCGGAGAGGCUGGGCCGCUACCAUCAGUGCUACAACGGCUCAGGCACAGAUUACAGAGGGACGGCGAGCACCACCAAGUCGGGGCACCAGUGCCAGCCGUGGGCUCUGCAGCAUCCCCACAGCCACCACCUGACCAGCGCUGACUUCCCUGAGCUGGGAGGGGGGCAUGCCUACUGCCGGAACCCGGGAGGGCAGAUGGAAGGGCCCUGGUGCUUCACGCAGAAUAAAAACGUACGCAUGGAACUGUGUGACGUACCCUCUUGUAGUCCCCAAGACAGCAGCAGGAUGGGAAUUCUGUACAUCUUGGUUCCAAGCAUUGCCAUCCCCUUGGUCAUCGCGUGCCUUUUCUUCUUGGUCUGCAUGUGCCGGAAUAAGCAGAAGGCGUCUGCCUCCACGCCACAGCGGAGGCAGCUGAUGGCCUCGCCCAGCCAAGAUGUGGAAAUGCCUCUCAUCAACCAGCACAAGCAGGCCAAACUCAAGGAGAUCAGCUUGUCCACGGUGAGGUUCAUGGAGGAGCUGGGAGAGGACCGGUUCGGGAAGGUCUACAAAGGCCACCUGUUCGGCCCGGCACCAGGCGAGCAGACGCAGGCGGUGGCCAUCAAAACGCUGAGGGACAAGGCGGAGGGACCGCUCCGGGAGGAGUUCCGGCACGAGGCCCUGCUGCGGGCGCGGCUGCAGCACCCUAACAUCGUCUGCCUGCUGGGCGUGGUGACCAAGGACCAGCCCCUCAGCAUGAUCUUCAGCUACUGCCCGCACGGCGACCUGCACGAGUUCCUGGUCAUGCGCUCGCCGCACUCAGACGUGGGCAGCACGGAUGACGACCGCACGGUCAAGUCCGCCCUGGAGCCCCCCGACUUCGUGCACGUGGUGGCACAGAUCGCCGCGGGCAUGGAGUACCUGUCCAGCCACCACGUGGUCCACAAGGACCUGGCCACCCGCAACGUCCUGGUGUACGACAAGCUGACGGUGAAGAUCUCGGACCUGGGGCUGUUCCGCGAAGUGUACUCAGCCGAUUACUACAAGCUGACGGGGAGCGCGCUGCUGCCCAUCCGCUGGAUGUCCCCCGAGGCCAUCAUGUACGGCAAGUUCUCCGUGGACUCAGACAUCUGGUCCUACGGUGUGGUCCUGUGGGAGGUGUUCAGUUACGGCCUGCAGCCCUACUGCGGCCACUCCAACCAGGACGUGGUGGAGAUGGUACGGAGCCGGCAGGUGCUGCCCUGCCCGGACGACUGCCCGGCCUGGGUGUACGCCCUGAUGGUCGAGUGCUGGCACGAGUUCCCCAGCCGGCGGCCCCGCUUCAAGGACAUCCACAGCCGGCUCCGGGCCUGGGGCAACCUGUCCACCUACAACAGCUCGGCGCAGACUUCGGGCGCCAGCAAUGCUACGCAGACCAGCUCCCUAAGCACCAGCCCGGUUAGCAACGUCAGCAACGCCCGCUACGGGGGCCCCAAGCAGAAGGCGCAGCCCUUCCCACAGCCCCAGUUCAUCCCCGUGAAGGGCCAGAUCAGACCUAUGGUGCCCGCCCCCCAGCUCUACAUACCCGUCAACGGGUACCAGCCAGUGCCGGCCUACGGGGCCUACCUGCCCAACUUUUACCCGGUCCAGAUCCCCAUGCAGAUGGCCCCGCAGCAGGUGCCUGCCCAGAUGGUCCCCAAGCCCGGCUCCCACCACAGCGGCAGCGGUUCCACCAGCACAGGCUAUGUCACCACCGCGCCCUCCAACACAUCGGUGGCGGACAGGGCGGCCCUGCUCUCCGAGGGCACGGAGGAUGCGCAGAACGUCCCUGAAGACGUGGCCCAGAGCCCCGUGCAGGAGGCGGAGGAGGAAGAGGACGGCUCCGUCCCCGAGACCGAGCUGCUGGGGGACAAUGACACCCUGCAGGUGGACGAGGCCGAGGUCCAGCUGGAAGCCUGAGGGCCUCAAGGCCAUGGGGGCAUGUGGAGGUAGGGGUGGGGAGAUGAGCUGCGUGAGGGGUGUGCCCCCCCCCCGGGAACGGGGUCUGGGGUGCAAUCUCCCUUUGCCACAACUCGCUGUGCUGUUUGGUUGCCACCUGUUUGGUUGGACAGGCUUUUAGCCAAUGGCAGCUGACGGGGGGUGGGGGGGUGAGCCCCAUAGGACGCAUGGUGACCCCCAGUUCCCCCUGCAUUUCCCCAGAGGUAGAUGGACAGUGAGCGAUGUUUGAAGACGAAGUAGAAGCAGUCUUUGAGGAAGAAUAGGUGGCAUCUUCCCUCCACAUGCAAAUGGAUUGAAACUUUUUGACGAUUGGGAAAGCAGGUCUUCAAAAGGCCCCGACCUGAACCUGGGGCUUUGCGAUGCCCAGUGACUGGCCUGCCAGGUGAGGAUGGAAGAAGCUGCUUUUCCCUCUGCUGCACGCCCAGCCAGGAACAGCCUCCCCUCAGCCACCAAAGAUAAGCAGGAACAAGAUAUGGCCAUCUGCCACCUGUCAGGGUCUGAUGAGAAAGGGGCUUCUGAAGUGGGAGUUCCAUAUUAAAACAAAAUGUGCCUUAAAAGAAACCCACAUGCUUUUGUACUUUUGUGAAAUGAUUUUAAUUAUCCUGCAUGUGUAUUUUGCCCACUUUUCUGAAAUUCCAGGAAAAUGUUUCUUGGGUUUGGAAUGUUACCAAGGAAGCAAUAUUGUACAGAGCACAGUAUUGUUAAUUUUCUUUUUAGAAUCAUGUACAGACCUUAUAUGUAAUUUAUAUAUGGUUUUUGUAUGCCAUUUUCAUUGAAAUAUUUUGAACUUAAAAUAAUGACUUAGUAAUUUAACUGUUUAUGUUCCCCACGUUAGACGCCAUCUGAUUAUAUUUCGGUUUGCUUGUGUUGGUACCAUAUGUAAGCGAGGUCCAUGCAUUUCGGAGCCUGUGAGAGAUGGCCCACAGGUAUACUGCAGCCGACACACAGGUUAGAGCUCACUUGUAACCCGCACACCUGGAGUAUCCAAUAAAGCCAAACAGAACAUUCA